AUGAAUCAUGUAUAUGACAUUUUAUAUCUAUCUCAGUCUGUUCAUAUCUAUCUAUCUAUCUAUCUAUCUAUCUAUCUAUCUAUCUAUCUAUGUUCAUUAUCUAUCUAUAUAUCUAUCUCUUUAUUUAUAUAUUUGAGAACACUUCAAUGCGUAAUUUUCUUCUUCUCUUCCGUCUCCUUCUUCUCCCUCUUCUCUUCCUUCUCCUCCUCUUUUUUUCCUUUUCGCAACUACACUUCAAUGCGUCAUUUUCUUCUCUUUCAUGUCCUCUCCCUUUUUCUCCUCCUCCUUCAUCUUCUUCUUCACAGCUUUAGACACUUCAAUGGCUCAUUUUCUUCUUCUUUUCUUCUUCUUCUUCUUCUUCUUCUUCUCUGUAAACACUUAAUGUAUCACUUUCUUCUCUUCCAUCUCCUUCUUUUUCUUCGCAACUGUACGCUUUUGGUUAAACUAUCUGUCUGUUCAUAUCUAUCUAUCUAUCUAUCUAUCUAUCUAUCUAUCUAUCUAUCUAUCUAUCUAUCUCAUCUGUUCAUUAUCUAUCUAUCUAUCUAUAUCAGUCUGUUCAUUAUCUAUCUAUCUAUCUAUCUAUCUAUCUAUCUAUCUAUCUAUCUAUCUAUCUAUCUAUCUAUCUAUCUAUCUGUUAUGGGACCUUACCCAUAA